CGCGGUCGGAGGAACGUGAGUCGCGGGCCCUGGAGCCGAGAGGAACCUAGACGGCGGCGGGCGCGAGGGCGGGUGUCCCCGGAGUGGUCGUGCGGGAGUCGGCCGCUGCCCCUGGGCCUCCCGACUUGCAGGUCCCCUCUCUCUCCACCGGGACGCGGGAGAGCCCGGCGCGCGGUGGGGGCGCGAGGUGGAGCCGGCGGGGGCGGCCAAUGCGAAACUGGCUGGUGCUGCUGUGCCCGUGUGUGCUCGGGGCCGCGCUGCACCUCUGGCUGCGGCUGCGCUCCCCGCCGCCCGCCCGCGCCUCGGGGGCUGGCCCGGCAGAUCAGCUGGCCUUAUUUCCUCAGUGGAAAUCAAAUCACUAUGAUGUGGUGGUUGGUGUGCUGUCAGCCCGCAAUAACCAUCAACUUCGCAAUGUGAUAAGAAGCACCUGGCUGAAGCAUUUGAUACAACAUCCAGCAUUAAGUCAACGUGUCCUUGUGAAGUUCAUAAUAGGUGCUCAUGGCUGCAGUGUGCCCGUGGAGGACAGGGAAGAUCCUUAUUCCUGCAAACUACUCAACAUCACGAAUCCAGUUCUGAAUCAGGAGAUUGAAGCGUUCAGUCUUUCGGAAGACACUUCAUCAGGGCUCUCUGAGGACCGAGUUGUCAGCGUAAGCUUCCGGGUUCUCUAUCCAAUCGUUAUUACGAGUCUUGGGGUGUUUUACGACGCCGGCGAUGUGGGUUUCCAGAGGAACAUCACUGUCAAGCUUUAUCAGGCAGAACAGGAGGAGGCCCUCUUCAUUGCUCGCUUCAGUCCUCCGAGCUGUGGUGUGCAGGUGAACAAGCUGUGGUACAAGCCUGUGGAGCAAUUCAUCUUACCCGAGAGCUUUGAAGGUACAAUCGUGUGGGAGAGCCAAGACCUCCAAGGCCUCGUGUCAAGGAAUCUCCACAAAGUGACAGUCAACGAUGGAGGAGGAGUUCUCAGAGUCGUCGCCACUGGGGAGGGUGCCCUGCCUCAUGAAUUCAUGGAAGGUGUGGAGGGAGUUGCCGGUGGUUUUAUUUAUGCUAUUCAGGAAGGCGAUGCUCUUUUAAAAACCCUUCAUUCUCGCCCUGGAAGACUUCUCGAUCACAUACAUAAUCUCCACGAGGAGGAUGCCUUACUAAAGGAAGAAAGCAGCCUCUAUGAUGACAUUGUGUUUGUGGAUGUUGUCGACACUUACCGAAACGUUCCUGCAAAACUACUGAACUUCUAUAGAUGGACUGUGGAAGCAACCAGCUUUGAUCUGUUGCUAAAGACGGAUGAUGACUGUUAUAUAGACUUGGAAGCUGUUUUUAAUAGAAUCGCCCUCAAGAAUCUGGACGGGCCUAAUUUUUGGUGGGGAAAUUUCAGACUGAACUGGGCAGUUGACCGGACCGGGAAGUGGCAGGAGCUAGAGUACCCCAGCCCCGCAUACCCCGCUUUUGCGUGUGGGUCGGGGUAUGUUAUCUCCAGGGACAUCGUCCACUGGCUGGCUGGCAACUCGGGGAGACUGAAGACCUACCAGGGUGAAGAUGUAAGCAUGGGCAUUUGGAUGGCAGCCAUAGGACCUAAAAGAUACCAGGACAGCCUGUGGCUCUGUGAGAAGACCUGUGAACCAGGAAUGCUGUCUUCCCCGCAGUACUCUCCGCAGGAGCUCGCGCAGCUGUGGAGACUAAAGGAGCUUUGCGGUGACCCCUGUCGGUGCGAAGGAAGAGGAUGAGGUCGAUCUGCUGUGUUAAAGGACAACAGAAGUUCUGACACAGGAACUUUGAGGAGACGUGACAGCAAGCCUUUCACCUUUUGAACUGUCAUGGAUUCUGUCGAGGAAAAGAAAAAACAUCAUCAGUUCUCGCAGGUGACAGCUACCCGUAAGACGAGCUCCCGUGCCAAGACCACACUGGUGAUGAGAGCUGCCACUGUCGUCCCGCACCCUGUUUACCCAAGUAAGGACCAGGGGACGGCUCGCCCCGCAACGUGGGCCACCAGACCAGGGCCUCACACCACGUAGGGGCUUGUUUGGGAGGCUGUGGGGAAACGGAGCUGAUGUCAGACCUAAGUGCCCUUUGCUGAUGACUCUUCAUAUCAUGUCUGUGGUGUUUAAUAUUUCCUCCUUAUUCUGAAUAAACCAGAAACUAUUCUCAGCACAGAAAUAAAUGUGAGUGAAGUCAUUAACUUUUAAAACCUGUGCUUGCUUACUUAAAGGAUGCUGGCGUCAGGUGUGGGCUCAGUGAGGACUUGUGUCCGUCCCUCUGGCCUCGUUUCCUCCUCUGCACAGUGAGGUGUGGAGCCUAAUGACCCACGUGCUCCAGUCCGUGGUCGCUGCGGUAUGUCCUGUGUGCGGCGCACACAUCAGGGGCCACUGGGCCCAGGGAUGUUACCGAAUGAGGAAAUGCUUUGCUUUGUCCAGAAAACACUAUGAACUUCUUUCCAAAGAUGGGCUGUGGUAAAUAUUGGAUAUUCUGAUUAUGAGAAAUAGUUUUUCUGAAGCUUUAGCUGGAGGUACAGCAAUAGUGUGUUCCUACAGAUAUGACAUGUAUUCAGAAAAAUAUUUUUCUAUCAAACAUUUUUGUAAAAGCUGUGUCUUUAUGAAACUUGUGAUAAUAAAUGUUUUUAUUUUAGAAUAAA